AUGAGGCUCUUGAAAGGUGAAAAUUGCCCUGAGGAAUGCACUGGGUUCGCCUUUGUUGCAAUAAAGUAUGGUUUUUGCAAAGAGAUCAGCCGGAAAUACAAGGCUCCUCACGGCCCGAGGAUCUUGCGUCUCCUGGAGGAGGUGUACCGCUGGCUUCCUCUCGCCACCAUCAUCGACAACAAGGUCCUGGUCGUCCACGGUGGCAUCUCCCUCGACACCGACCUCAAGUGGAUGGCGACGGCGGAUAGGAGCAAGUACAGGAGCGUCUUGAGAACUCCUGCGGCGAGGCUGGAGGAGGGCGAAGACGAAGGCGAAGACGGUGACGAAGGAUCCGAAGCCUGUAAGGAGGUCAGGCUCUUCACGGCGACGUACGAGUGGAAGCAGUGUCUGACCAUCUUCUCGGCCUCCAACUACUACGAGGCUGGGUCCAACAGAGGAGCCUACGUCAAGCUCCAGGGGCCUCGGCUGGAACCUCACUUCGUCCAGUACACGGCAGAUAUGAAGUCCCGAAAACUGACCAUAAGAGAACGCGUGGGAAGGAUGGAGACCUCCGCCUUCAGGGAACUACGGUGUCAAAUCAACGCUUCGAAGUCCAGGCUCCUUCAGGCAUUCCAGCAGAAGGACAAGGACAACAAAGGCUACAUCACCGUGAGUGACUGGGUGGAAGUGAUGGAGAGGGAGAGUCACCUCAACCUGCCGUGGCGAGUGCUGAGGGAGAAGAUAGUGACGCUGCAUCCUAUCACAGAUAUGGUCGAUUAUAGGAGCACCUUCAGCGAAGAAACUUUUAAGAAGAAUUUGGCCGUGAAGGGCGGGCCCACGGUGGUCGAAGCUCUUUAUAGACACAAGAGUAGUCUGGAAACGAUUUUCAGGUUAAUCGAUAAAGAUAAUUCAGGUUACAUCAGCAUGGACGAAUUCAGCGAGACGUGCGAGCUGCUGAGCCGCCACAUCGACGUCCCGAUCCCGAAGGAGGACAUCACCGACCUGGCCCGCUCGAUCGACAUCAACAAGGACGGCUACAUCGACUUCAACGAAUUCCUCGAGUGUUUCCGGAUCGUCGAGUCGGGCCGGCUGACGAUCGACGAGGAGGACGAGGACGACGAGAGGGACGAGAACGGGCCCCUGAUCGUCGACGAAAAGAGGGCGGUCUAGAGAGAAGGGGCGGGUCCUCGGGGUUGGCUCUUGAUGUCUUCUUAGGGGGGCUUUCGAUGCCCUCUUCAUCCAUUUAUUCGUGUGUUUCGUUUGUGUUUGUUCUUUCGUUAUUCAUUUCGUUUCAUUUGUCUGUCUGUUGUUCGUUAUUCCGUUUCAUUUGUCUCUGUUGUUCGUUAUUCCGUUUCAUUUGUCUCUGUUGUUCGUUAUUCCGUUUCAUUUGUCUCUGUUGUUCGUUAU